CGUGUCCGUCGAUCGCAGUGGGCCGUGCGAUGUAGUGCUUUGCUGUUGUUCGUGAUUUGUGCUAUAGGACUGGUAUCAUGUCCCCUCCCUUGAAAUUAGAGCAUCCACAUCCUUUCACUCUCGAACAAGCUUCUCUUCUCCCUUUCGCAACCCUCACAGCUGAGAUCGCCCGAGUUCAGAAUUCGAUUGUCCAUCUGCAGAGAUCGCAGGUUGUGCUGAGGGAGGCGUUAGAGGGUGAGAGGGAUGAGGUUCUGGAGCAGGCGGUGGAGGAGAACGAGCGGGCGAUAUCUGCACAGGAAGAACGGAUCAUGCUCUUGCAUCGCGCUAUAGAGGAGAAAGGAGGCGCCGGGAAUGGGCAUUAU